AGGCCUCCACGCUUUCCAGCUGGAGUCCUAGGGCUCUGAGUGCUCCCCAGUUUCCGUAGUGAAGCGCCAGGCUACCGCAGCUAUUGUGCGUAGCGAUAUCGCCCUCCCCUUCCCUCUCGGCUGUCUAGGGUGGAAGGCUACGUUUCAAUUACUGCCAGGGCUUAACCCCUCCGACGCCUAACAGGACAGCAGGCCGGCUCCCUUGGACCAGGAAGAACUCUCAGGAGCAAGAACAGUUUGGUAACGCAAUCCCAGGGUGCGUGGAAGACAGUUGAAGAAGGAGCCCGAGUGUUGGGGAUCCGCGCAAAGCCCUUGCCAUCAGAACCAUGGGGCAUCCCCCGCUGGAGUUCAGCGACUGCUACCUGGACAGCCCCGAUUUCCGCGAGAGGCUCAAGUGUUAUGAGCAGGAGCUGGAGAGAACCAAUAAAUUCAUUAAGGACGUGAUCAAAGAUGGCAACGCGCUUAUCAGCACAAUGAGAAAUUAUUCUUCAGCUGUUCAGAAAUUUUCUCAGACACUUCAGUCCUUCCAGUUUGAUUUUAUUGGAGACACUCUGACUGAUGAUGAGAUUAACAUUGCUGAAUCCUUCAAGGAAUUUGCCGAAUUGCUCAACGAAGUAGAAAAUGAGAGGAUGAUGAUGGUACACAAUGCUAGUGAUUUGCUGAUUAAACCCCUGGAAAAUUUUCGGAAGGAGCAAAUAGGCUUCACCAAGGAGCGGAAAAAAAAAUUUGAAAAGGAUGGUGAGCGGUUUUAUUCCUUGCUGGAUCGGCACUUACAUCUAUCUUCCAAAAAGAAAGAAUCUCAGUUACAAGAGGCAGACCUCCAGGUGGACAAGGAGAGGCAGAAUUUCUUUGAGUCCUCCCUUGAUUAUGUUUAUCAAAUCCAGGAAGUUCAGGAGUCCAAGAAGUUCAACAUUGUGGAGCCAGUUUUGGCCUUUCUUCAUAGUCUCUUCAUUUCCAACAACUUGACUGUGGAGCUCACGCAGGAUUUCCUCCCAUACAAACAGCAGCUCCAGCUCAGUUUGCAGAAUACAAGAAAUCAUUUCUCCAGUACCCGAGAAGAGAUGGAAGAACUUAAGAAAAGGAUGAAAGAAGCUCCCCAGACAUGCAAACUUCCAGGACAGCCUACCAUUGAAGGCUAUCUCUAUACACAAGAGAAAUGGGCUUUGGGAAUAUCCUGGGUGAAAUAUUAUUGCCAGUAUGAGAAGGAGACCAAAAUGCUCACCAUGACACCUAUGGAGCAGAAGCCAGGUGCUAAACAGGGGCCUUUGGACUUAACCCUGAAGUACUGCGUGAGGAGGAAGACAGAGUCUAUCGACAAAAGGUUCUGUUUUGAUAUAGAAACUAAUGAAAGGCCAGGAACCAUCACUUUGCAGGCCCUUUCAGAAGCUAACAGAAGGCUAUGGAUGGAAGCCAUGGAUGGAAAAGAACCUAUCUACCACAGCCCCAUAACAAAACAGGAAGAAAUGGAGCUGAAUGAAUUGGGGUUCAAGUUUGUUAGGAAGUGCAUCAAUGUCAUUGAGACCAAAGGGAUCAAGACAGAGGGAUUGUACCGUACUGUGGGCAGCAACAUUCAGGUUCAGAAGCUGCUGAAUGCCUUUUUUGAUCCUAAAUGCCCAGGAGACGUUGAUUUUCAUAGUAGUGACUGGGACAUUAAGACAAUCACCAGCUCUUUGAAAUUCUACCUCAGGAAUCUUUCUGAACCUGUCAUGACCUAUAGACUUCACAAAGAGCUGGUCUCUGCUGCCAAGUCUGACAACCUGGAUUACCGGCUGGGAGCUAUUCAUUCCCUGGUAUAUAAGCUGCCUGAAAAGAAUCGAGAGAUGCUGGAACUUCUUAUAAGACACUUGGUCAAUGUAUGUGAGCACAGCAAAGAGAAUCUUAUGACCCCCUCCAACAUGGGCGUUAUCUUUGGGCCCACUCUGAUGAGAGCUCAGGAGGACACUGUUGCUGCCAUGAUGAACAUCAAAUUCCAGAACAUUGUGGUGGAAAUUCUAAUCGAGCACUUCGUCAAGAUCUAUUCAGGUCCACCUGAAGAAAGUUCUACACCCCCAGUGCCUCCACCUCGAGUGACAGCAAGAAGGCACAAACCAAUCACAAUUUCAAAACGCUUGCUGCGAGAAAGAACAGUUUUUUAUACUUCUUCCCUGGAUGAACGUGAAGAUGAAAUCCAACAUCAAACACCCAAUGGUAUUAUCACCAGCAGUAUAGAACCCCCGAGGCUACCACAAUACCCCAAAUUGCCUAUUCAGAGGAGUGGGGAAGCUGACACUGGGAGGAAGUCUCCAAGCAACUGGCCUGUUUCAGAUGGCAAGUUGGAGUCCUGUCCUGAAGUGGAUGUGGGGAAGCUCGUGUCUAGGCUGCAGGAUGGUGGGACCAAGGCCAUACCAAAGUCCACCAAUGGACCUGUGCCAGGCUCUGUGCCCACAAAAGUCCCCUCUUUCCACAUAAAGAGACCAGCUCCUCGGCCCCUGGCUCACCACAAGGAGGGAGACUCUGACAGUUUCAGCAAAGUGCGGCCUCCAGGAGAAAAGCCUACCAUUGUUCGUCCCCCAGUGAGGCCUCCAGAUCCUCCGUGCCGGGCAACUAUUCCCCAAAAGCCAGAACCAAAGCCAGAUAUUGUGGUUAGCAAUGCAGGGGAAAUCCCAUCAUCUGUGGUGGCUUCCAGGACCAGGUUUUUUGAAACAGCUUCCCGAAAAACAGGAAGUUCUCAAGGCAGAGUUCCUGGAGAUGAGAGUUGAGGCCUCCGGUUUUACAAUCCUUGGCAUCAGAGGACCCUUCACAGGUUCUGGAAGGGUCUUCUUCAAACUCUUCUGUGCUGAGUCAUUUUGUACUGAAGAGAGCACCUCCUUCUUGGCCCUGCAACUUCAGGCUCUAGGAUGCUAUAAAAUAAGGGGCACAUAUCUUAGACACAGAUUUAUUUCUCUUAUGUAUUCUGUCUUUGUUCCCUCUGAAGGUCUAUAUUGAGCUCCUAUAUGAUUGUGAAUGGCUAAAGUCCCUCAAGCCAGACUGCAGAAACCAAGCUAUCUACUAACCUGAGUCGAAGAAAGGAGCUUAGUUUUCAACUCUUCUCUGAAUUUCCUGUCUCCUCAAAAGACCAUCAAACUCUGAAAUAUUGGGACUAAAGACUGAUCUCAGAAUUCUUGCCCUGAAUUAAAAGCUACUUGAGUUGGGGCCAUUGCUUGCCUUGGAAGUAGAAGUGUAGGAAUGUUUGUCAAACAUUGGUGAAUCUUAACAUGUCUCUUACUGAAGAUAAUGACCCUGGCACCAGGUUGGAGCUCUGGCACUGUAGUAUAUUGCCAAGAACUGUCUGCUCCUUUUGGGUCAGACAGUAUGUGUGAUACCAACCACAACUUCUUCUUGUGAACUCAGGAUGGUGGCCUUUCUGUUUUUACAUACAACCACUUAGGACAAAUCUGCAAAGAAUAUUUUGCAUGUUGAAGCCUAGGUCUGUUUGGAUUAUUUUUCUUCCCAUUUUUCCCCCAACAGCUUAAUUUCUAAGAAAUCAAGAAAGAAACAAAAGCUGAAAACAGUUCUUUUAAAAAGACAGACAAUAUUUGUCCUGCAGAAGUUCCAUUUUUGGGUCAAAUACUGGGAAAAAUAGUUAAGAUGGAUUGAGGCCAGGCAGCUGGCAUGUUGCUUCAUAUUUGCCUUCUGCAGAUAAGCUCUUUCAUCUCCUCCAAGAAGCAACCCCUGGCCCAGUGUUGGUGGAUUCAGAAACUCCAUGAAGUUUCUGAAAUGGUAUGCAGAAUUCCAUGACAAUAUGCCUUUUCUGGGGAGAUGUUCCAUAACAUUCUACUGAUUUUCAGAUGGGCCUGUGACCCAAUAAAGGUUAAGAACCACAGCACUUGAGAUAAAAGACUUUUUACAAUACAUAAAGUAUUUUAUUGGAAGGGCCUUCCAAAAUUAUUUAGUCCAAGUAUCUAGUUUACUGUUGAAGAAACUGGGGCAGAGAAUAUUAUCAGCCAUGCCUAAACAAGUCCUUAGGUCCCUGGGCUCCUGUACAAGUUUCUUUCCAUUAUACGAUACUUGUCUAAUGAGGAGCUUAUGAUUGGUGGCUUUAGUGGUCAUCAUUUUGAGUGUUUUUGGCUUUUACCCUCUAUCUUGAGCCUCCCAUAUUUGUUAUCAAGUGGAAAGCUUUCAGGCAUAAGCUCCUGGUGUUCCAUUUGCCAUUUCAAUCAUUGGAAAGCAACUAAAACACAACUGGUACAGUGACUCAGAAAUCUGAGUAGAUAUUUCUGAUUCUUGUUUAUUGAUGGGAAGCUGCUGGGGAAAGUGUCACUGCGUGUGUUCCCAUGUUCUCUGGGCCAUAAUCCGUCUUUGGAGUCUGUGAAAUUAUAAUAUGGCCAAGUAUGAGAAAAAGAGCUUUUCUACUUGGACCCUUCUAGCAAGACCCUGACUAUGGAACUGAGAGAGAAGCAUAGAGAUGGGUGGAGGGAGGAGAAGGAGAGAAGAAAGGAGAGGGAGCCGGAGGAAGGGGAAGAGAGAGAAUACACACAUGCCCAAACCAACUCUGAGAUGCCUUUGAAGCAGUGUUACUAAAAAAUGAUAGCCACUUUUAAGACUGAACUCAAUAUCACCCAUUGGUGAAUUAGUAACAUGUAGGCCUUUGUGGAAGUAAUUGAGUGGAAACUUGAUGCUGUUCCCAAUAAAGACAUGCCCAGGUGGCCAUGUAAAACUCUCUCAGCUCUACCUGGUGUCAGAGUCCAAGUUAAUAAGAACCAAGAGCAAGAGAGCCAAGUGAUCACUAUUCUACCUGAGGCUCAUCUCCAAAUGAAGUUGCUGUGAGACUGCUGGCCUCACACAGGAAGUGCUUGUUGAUCCCUGUUGUCAGAGUUUUGGCCCCUCUGCUUACUCUAUCCCAUUAGAUAACUAAUUAAAGCAAGUAAGUGUGUAGAUUUUGGCCACAGAAGCAGUGGCCAGUGGGGUUUCAGUACAUUUGAAGAUGGUAGAGACAUCAUUUCGCUCUUGUUUCCUUGUGGAGGGGGGAGAUAUCAUAAUGGCCACUACAAAUAUUAAAAGAUUAUUGAGAACCAGAGAAAGCCACUGCAGUCCCAGUUGAAUGGAUGUUCCAGAAAUGUGACCAUGAGAUUACUGUGUGUUUCCUGGGAUAUAGAUCAAGAGCCUGGCCUAGAAAGUUGGGACCACCAGGAUGGCUGGAGACCAGGAAGCAGUGGCUGGAUAGCUCUGCCCCUGCCCUGGGCUAUACCCAAAGAAUGCCCAGAAAUGAACCUCAAUAACUUCCCGCUUUUGCACUCUAAUUUGAAGAGAAAAUCUGUGGUGAGGCACACUGUCAUGGAAAUGAGACUGGCCUGGCCCAGGCUUGGAUGACUAGUCAUUCAGAAGAGGCUAUGGGAAUGGGAUGAUUAUUGAAGAGUGACAAGUAUAGGAAAUUAUCUGCAUAUGUUGGCCAGCAGGUUAGAGAAACUGGCAAUGGAUGAACCAUAAACCUUGAACUGACAAUGAUAUUUAUUAAGCACCUACUAAAUUCUAUGUGCUUCAUAUACAUAAUCUCCUUUGUCCUUACAACAAUAAUGCAGGUAGAUGCUAUUCCCUCAGUUUACAGAUAAAAGAAUUAUAGCACAGGAGGCUACAGUAACUGGCUCAAGGGCUCACAGAAAGUAAAUAACAGGACUGUGACUCAAAUCCAGGUCUUUCUGACUCUGUACUCCAUGCUGUUUUCUCUUUGCCACACAGAGGCUACAUUAUUGGAACUGGAUGACUCUGACUUUUUCUGCCUAAUAAAAUAUUAAAAAGCAAGCAUUUGAAGGGAAGUAGGGCAGGUCUAGUUUACAGGGGAACAAAAACUGGGCUGGAGGAGAUUUCCAAGUUGGGCUUUCUCCUCACCUUCUGUAUACCCAUGUGGUAAUGUUUUUAAAAGGAUCAUUCAAUUUUACCUUGGGAAAUGAAGGAUUUAUUUUUUUAGUUGGUAGUUACUAAGUCUUUGGCUUAGCUGUUUUUCAAAGAAAAAAAUGGUACCUAUAUGUGUCUAUGUACUUCACUAAGGUUGUAGCAUGUGUGUUUUCAGUCCAAGAGUCUGAAGACAUCCACACAUACAGUUUGAGAAGGAAAAAAGGUAUUGAUGCCUCUCUGGUACUUAAUGUCUUGGGGUCAAAUCUUUACAAGGUUUCUGUGGUGACCAAAAAAUAAAAGUUUAAGAGAUGAUUUAGAAUAAAAAAAUAUUAUUGAAGUUUUUGCUUUAAAAAGGAGGAGAGGUUUUCCAGCCACUCAGCAUCUGACUUCAGUAAUAAAAUAGCAUCAUAUGGAAAUACUCUAGUAUUUCUAAAAUAAUUGGUUUUCAAGGGGAAAUAUCCUUCCCUUUUCUAGAAGUUCCUUGAUUUUGUAAAAAGUAGAAUAAAGUAGUAGAGGGAGAUGUAUCUCUGUGACAAAAAAAAAAAAAUUGCUCUCAAAAGAAAGGAGAUCAAUGAUACUAGUUUUAACAUAGCUACACUACACUACACACUACAAGCCCAAAAAGCUUCUGGAGCAUUUAAAAAUUGCAGAAAGAAGCAAGAUAGCUUGAAGAGAUGUUUUGGAUGAAGAAAGGCCUUCAUUUUCACAGGCAAAAGAAGCACUUGAUACCAAGGACAUUAAUAGAUGCUAGAAAGACUUCUUAUGGGAAACAUCAGACAAAAGAAAGAGAUCCUGGGGCCCAUUCGUGUGACUUUCAAUAAAAUAUGCAGACUCUCCGGUAUUGAUGGUGUCCAUCUGCAGUUUU